AUGGCCCACGACUGUCCAUAUACUACUUUCAUGAUUAUUGUGUAUGAUCAACUGCUUUUCAAAUCCGUUCAACUCCAGAUAGUUUUCAAUCAUACGGUCAAUGUCAUGAUUGGUAUAGUGCAAGUGAACUCCGCAAUAAUCAUUAUCUUUUUGGUCGAUAGAUUGGAUCGUAAACAGCUAACACUCUUCUCUGGCUUGAUCGCUGCCGCAUCGCAUGUCCGCGUAAUUGCGGCGAUACUGUUGGUAUUCACCUUCAAAUGCGGUCUGCUUUCCAUGCAGAUGAUUAUGAUGUCCAAGAUGUUCGCCACUAAAAUUAAAGCUCUCGCCACGUGUCUCUGGUUGUCACUAACGGCUGCUUCUUCGUCAUAG